ACAUUAAGUGAAUCCAUGGCGGCGUUUCUGUGGUUUGUUUGUUAGUGCAUGUAUGGGGUGUUAGGCCCGUUUUGUACCAAUGUUCUCUCUUUACUACUUCGUUUAAUUUUAUUAUAAACUACUCCGAACGCGACGGUUUCCUAGAAGGAAGCUGCCGAUACCGCCGUAGCGUGCUUUGUCAUGUGAAAGUCUCCCGAGGGUAGCACGCUUCCCAUCAUCAACAAGAUCCGAGCCCGAGGUGCUGUGAACACAGUGAGGAAUGUCCGAAUUGCGCUUUCAGAGUAAUUGAAGUCAGUGGCACAGAGCUUUCAAAGGAGGGAAAAAUGAAUGAGGGCCCUCCCUCGUCGGGCAAGAUGGCUCUGACGCUAGACCCGCUGACGCAGAUCAAUACAUACCGGUCCUUUGUUUCUAUGCUCGAGGACCCGGCUGCGAAGGAUGAGAGCAAGCUCAAGGCAGUUCAAGAGCUGAGUGAAGAGUUGGAGACCAUCGUAACAUCGGUGCACUACCCGACGUUCCUGGACCAUGCCAUGCGCGUGUUUCUGCGCAUUCUUCAGGAGGGCAAGCCGCAGUUCAUUGCUGAGCACAACAUGCAGCAACUGCGCAAGUUAAUCCUGGAGAUAAUCCACCGCAUUCCAACCAACGACCAUUUGCGGCCCUAUGUCAAGCAGAUCCUCAACCUCAUGUUCGAGCUGCUGAAGGUGGAGAAUGAAGAGAAUGUCUUGGUGUGCCUGCGAAUCAUCAUCGAGCUGCACAAGCAGUUUCGGCCGCAAUUCAACCCAGAGAUCCAGCAGUUCCUGGAGUUUGUGAAGACCAUCUACCGGGAGCUGCCGAACCACCUGAACGCCAUCUUCGAGCCCCGGCCGCCACUGAAGUUCAAGGACCUGAGCGAGCUGAACCUGGACGCUGUGCUGCAGGAGACCUUCACCCUCACCAAUGUGCAGCUGGAGAAGAAGGGGCCCGACGGAAGCUGUGCCUCGUACAACGUGAUCCCGCGGGCGGUGCUGUCCCUCAAGGUGUUGGCGGAGCUGCCCAUCAUCGUGGUGCUCAUGUACCAGCUCUACAAGCAGAGCGUGCACGACGACGUGGCCGAGUUUAUCCCGCUCAUCCUCAACACCAUCACCCUGCAGCCCCUGCCCCAGCACAGGAUGAAUCCAGCCUUCAACCGCGAGGUGUUUGUGGACUUCAUGGCUGCCCAAAUCAAGACGCUCUCAUUCCUGGCGUACAUUGUAAAGAUCUACCAGGAGACGGUGGGUGUGCACUGCAGCCAGUUGGCGCAGGGCAUGCUGGGACUGCUGAUGCUGUGCCCCCAGGAGGUGGCACACCUGCGCAAGGAACUGCUCAUCGCUGCCCGCCACAUCCUGGCCACUGACCUGCGCAACAAGUUUGUUGGCUGUAUGGAGCAGCUUUUCGAUGAGAACAUCCUCAUUGGGUCAGGCUGGACAGCGUACGAGUCACUGCGGCCCCUGGCGUACAGCACCCUGGCUGACCUGGUGCACCACGUCAGGCAGCACCUGCCACUGAACAACCUGUCGUCAGCGGUGGCUGUGUUCUCGCGAAACGUCCAUGACGAGUCUCUGCCGGCCUCCAUCCAGACCAUGUCUUGCAAGCUCCUUCUGAACCUGGUCGAGUGCAUCCGCACCCGGUCUGAUCAAGAGAAUGGAAACGGGCGUGAGCUGCUGAUUCGCAUGCUGGAGGUGUUUGUGCUCAAGUUCAAGACAAUAGCCAAGUGCCAGCUACCUGUGCUCAUGCAGAAAAGCCGGCAGCAGGGCCCGCCGUCGGAGGCGAACAGGGAGGACAGUGCCCGUGCGAGUCUCCAGUUUUCUGCCUCCCUGGCGGACCUGAAGGAGGAGAAGAGCAACAGCUACACGGUGGCCGACUGUCGGAGCCUGGUGAAGACGUUGGUGUGCGGCGUCAAGACCAUCACCUGGGGAAUUGGCACGUGUAAGAUGCCCGGUGGGCCGCUGGAGGAGAAGCAGUUCCAGCCCAAGGAGACGCUGGUGUUCAUCCGGCUGGUGAAGUACGCCCUGCAGGCGCUGGACGUGUACACGCUGCCUCCUGGGACAGGUGUCGUUGGGGGCGGAGCAGCAGGCGGCGCGGCAGGGGCGGGGGCUGCCUCUUCGGCACACGCCCGCACGGCCGCCCUGCAGUCGGCCGUGCGCUCCAAGGAAGAAAAGGAGGUCCUCGACCAUUUUGGGGGUGUGUUCACCAUGAUGAGCCCUUCCACGUUCAGGGAGGUCUUUUCCACCACUAUUGAGUACGUUGUCGAGCGACUGAACAAGAACUCAGCCCUCCAGAUUGUGGCCAACUUUUUCCUGGCGAAUCGUGCCACGUCUCCCAUCUUUGCAACCAUCCUGGUGGAGUACCUGUUGGAGCGCAUGGAGGAGAUGGGAGCCAACCCAGAUAAGUCCAACCUGUACCUGAAGCUGUUCAAGCUGGUCUUUGGCUCGGUAUCCCUCUUUGCUGCAGAGAAUGAGCUUAUGCUCAAGCCGCACCUGCACCGCAUCGUGAACCGGUCUAUGGAGCUGGCGCUAAGUGCACGGGAGCCGUACAACUACUUCCUCCUGCUGCGGGCUCUCUUCCGUUCCAUUGGUGGUGGCAGUCACGACCUCCUCUACCAGGAAUUCCUUCCCCUGCUGCCCUCGCUGCUGCAAGGUCUCAACGGCCUGCAGAGUGGCCUGCAUAAGCAGCACAUGAAGGACCUGUUUGUGGAGCUGUGCCUGACGGUGCCCGUGCGGCUGAGCUCUCUGCUGCCCUACCUGCCCAUGCUGAUGGACCCACUGGUGUCCGCACUCAACGGCUCCCAAACGCUCAUCAGUCAGGGCCUGCGCACGCUGGAGCUCUGUGUGGACAACCUGCAGCCGGACUUUCUGUAUGACCACAUCCAGCCUGUGCGGGCCGAGUUGAUGCAGGCUCUGUGGCGCACGCUGCGCAACCCGACCGACAGCAUCGCCCAGGUGGCCUUCCGCGUGCUGGGCAAGUUCGGGGGCGGCAACCGCAAGAUGCUCAUGGAGCCCCAGCGCCUCGACUACUUGGACCGUGACACACCGGGGCCCUGCAUCACGGUCCACUUCCAGGACCACAAGACACCGAUCGUACUGCCUGUCGACAAGUUGAUUGAAACGGCCUUCAAUGCCCUGAAGCAAAGUGGCACAGACUCAUUUUACCGGCGCCAGUGCUGGGAGAUCAUUCGUGGCUUCCUGGUGGCCAACAUACAGCUGGAUGAUGAUCGGCAUUCCAUGCUUCAACUGUUCUCGCAUCCAAGCUUUGGCACAGGCGAGAUUUCACCAACCCAGAGCGUCCCGUACAAGUGCCAAGACGCGGAGACGCGCAAGGUCCACCAGAUGGCUCUGACGGGCAUGUUUGCGGCAGCGGCUAUCAAGGAGCUUCACAGCCAAGUGCUGCCAUUCCUGGUGUCCCUGGUGCACCACUACACCCUGGUGGCGGUGGCGCAGCAGGCGGGGCCACUCCGCCAGACUCGGCCGCCCACACAGGGCAUGGACCCGUCCGUGCUCGUCGACGCCCUGGCAGCCAUCAUGGCCCACGAGGAGAAAGAACUCUGCAAGGUGGGUCAACUGGCCAUGCUGCUCAUCACGGAGAACUCUGCGACGGUGCUGACGUCACGGGAGCGGGCCUGCCAGUUGCCACACGUGGAAUACUUGGCGGAGCGGCUGUGUGCCCUGUGCUAUGACCGGGCUUGGUAUGCCAAAUCGGGUGGCUGCUUUGCCAUCAAGUGCCUGGUGGAGCGGCUGCCCCUGCGCUGGGUGUUGGGUCACCAGUACCUCUUCCUCAAGGCCUUGUUCUUCAUCAUGAUGGACCUGACGGGGGAGGUCUCCAACGGGGCCGUCGACAUGGCCAAAUCCAACCUGGAGAAGAUGCUGACGGUGUGUGCUGCACCGCUGCCUGCCGACGCUCCGGACGACCUGCGCGAGGUGCAGCGCAAGUCGCUGAACGACGUGACGCUCGAGCUCGUCCGGCAGGUGACCUCGCCCAACGCCUGCGUGCGCCAGCAGGCCAUCCACUCCCUGGAGGUGCUGGCCCAGGUGAUGAACUGCUCAGUGGGUGCCCUGAUGGAGCCGCACCGCGAGGUGCUCGCGGACAUGGUGCCCCCCAAGAAGCAUCUGCUCCGACACCAACCCUUGAACGCACAGAUUGGCCUGAUGGAAGGCAACACCUACUGCACCAGCCUACAGCCACGGUUGUUUACCCUUGAUGUAAGCGUCACCGAGCACAAGACCUUCUUUUCCGAGUUGGUGAGCUUGUGCGAGGCUGACGAUGAGACGCUACGCAAGCUGCCCUGCUACAAGGGAUGCGGCCCUGCGGCGCUGGUGUCGUUGCGGCGAGCGGCACUGCGGGCACUUGCCACGUGCCACUACCUGCCGUGCCGCGAGCGAGUCUUCCACGUCCUCUACCGGGCACUCAACGCUCGGGAUCCUGAACUUCAGGAGGCGGCCUUUCAGUGCAUGUCUGACUUCGUGGCUGCCUGCAACAUUGACAUGGAAAUGGUGCACAAGGCGAUCCGGUCACUGUUGAUGUUGCUGGGGGACUUCAGGCAGCUGUCGCUGAGCGUGAUCCAGCGCCUGAGCUACCUCACCCAGCUGUUUCCGCACACGUUCAACGAGAAGCUCUGCGACCAGCUACUGCAGCACCUGGGCUGCUGGCUCGAGGUGGCCGUGCGCACCCCGCAUCGUGGACCCAACGCCACCGAGGUGCGCCAGUGUGCUGCCAUCAUUGCCAUCUUCCACCAGAUUCCAGCGGCGGGUCCGGCGUUUGUCAAGCCGCUUGUCACCCUUGUCCUGCGUCAUGAGCAGCAGCUCAUGGUAGAGGCUAGCAGCCCCUUCCAGGCACCCUUGCGGAAAUUCCUGGAGAGGCACCCAGCCACUGCCCUGGAGCUUUUGCUUGCUGAGCCGCAAGUGCAAGAUGAGCAGCUGAACCGCUUCCUCGAACAUCUGCUGCGUGAUGGUGCUACGUUCCGGGCGGCACUUCAGCGGAACACUGGCUGCAUUGAUCGGCUUGCGCAGCUGCUCGACGAGGGCGGUCCCGAGCUGCAGCGGCUUGCCGUGCGCCUUGUGGCCGCUGUGGCGCGUCGUGAACCUCAGUUUCUGGCCGAGCGGCCUGCACUGGUGGCACGGCUGCGAGCUGUCUGGGUUUCAGACAGCUUCCAGACUGCUGGCUCAGCUGGCCUGGCCCAGUGGCGUGAGCCCAAGCUCCUCUGCCGCUGCCUGCUGGGCGUGGUGCAGCAGCGGCCGCACGAGAUCGAGCUCCUCUUUCAGCUGUUGCGUGCCUUCACGGGGCGCUUCCUGCCGGACUUUGGCUUCCUGCGUGACUUCUUGGACACGUGGGCGGCCAAGGGCCAAACGGUGGAGUGGAAGCGGGCGGCCUUCUUCCGCUUUGUCGAGGCCUUCGGGGACCCGGCCUUUCCGCAGCCGCUGCUGGCCAAGGUGCUGCAGCAGCUGCUCAUCCCAGCCUUUGCGGCCUCCUUUGAGCGCGGCGAAGGGGAGGCCCUCAUUGGUGGGCCCCCACAGCCAGAGCGUGACUCACCGGACAAUGUCAUCUCAGUCUUCAUCAACCGAGUCAUCGACCCCGAGAACCCGUUUGGCACCUCUGAUGCUGUGCGCAUCCUGCUGCUCCAGUUCUCCUGCCUCCUGGUGGAGCAGGCCUCUCCGCACAUUCACGAUGCGGCCAACAAACGGCAGGGCAUCAAGCUGCGACGGCUGAUGACCUUUGCCUGGCCCUGUUUGCUGGGCAAGAACUGCGUUGAUCCAGCCACCAAGUACCAUGGCCACCUACUGCUAGCCCACAUCAUUGCCAAGUUUGCCAUCCACAAGCGUAUUGUGCUACAGGUGUUCCACAGCCUGCUGAAGGCGCACGCCGUGGAGGCCCGUUCAGUGGUGCGGCAGGCCCUGGAGAUCCUGACGCCGGCCAUGCCCGCCCGCAUGGAGGACGGCAACACAAUGCUCACCCACUGGACCAAGAAGAUCAUCGUCGAGGAGGGCCACACGCUGGCCCAGCUGGUGCACAUGCUGCAGCUGCUGUACCGCCACUACCGUGUCUACUACCCUGUCCGACACCACCUGGUGCAGCACAUGGUGAGCUCGGUGCAGCGCCUGGGCUUCACGCCCAACGCCAACAUUGAGCAUAAGAAGCUGGCCGUCGAUCUGGCCGAGGUGGUCAUCCGCUGGGAGAUGCAGCGCCACCGUGAGGAACAACAGCAGCAACCGCUGCAGACGCCGCCACCUCAGUCGACCUCCGAGGAGAGUCGGCGCCUGCUGGACCAAAGUGGCCGAGCACGGCAGACGGCGCCACGGCCAGACCGUCCUAUUGAGAAGCACCACGCCGACGCCCUGGUCAACUUUCUCCUGCGCAUGGCGUGCCAGGUGAACGAGUCAUCGACAAACAUUGGGUCGCAAGGGGAGGUGCUGUCUCGGCGAUGCGUGGCGCUUCUCAAGACGGCCCUCAAGCCAGACGUGUGGCCCAACUCGGAGCUCAAGCUAGCCUGGUUUGACAAGCUCCUCAUGACUGUGGAGAGUGCUCAGCCCAACUAUGGCAACAUCUGCACGGCACUGGAGCUGUUGGCCUUCCUGCUGAGCAUCCUGCGGCCCGAAGCCAUCCUGGCCAGCCUCAAGCCUCUGCAACGUGGCAUCGCUGCCUGCAUGACGUGCCCCAAUUCCAAGGUCAUCCGAGCUGUGCACGCCCUCCUGUCACGGCUCAUGGGCCUGUUCCCCUCGGAGCCAACUACAUCCAGCAUGGCCUCACGGCACGAGGAGCUGGAGUCCCUCUACACAUCCAUCAGCAAGGUUGUUUACGAGGGCCUGACAACGUACGAGAAGUCACCGGCGGCGCCACCAUCUACUCUGUUUGGCUGCCUCAUGAUCCUGAAGGCAGCUUGCGUCAACCACCCGUGCUACAUCGACCGGCUCAUCACACCCUUCAUGCACGUGCUGCAGAAGAUGGCACGAGAGCACCUGUCGCCAGGCGGCAUUGGGGGUGGCGCGGGGGGCCAGGAGUCCAGCUCCAUGGGCACGGAGCUGCUCAUCCUGAGCCUGGACCUCGUCAAAAACCGCGUCGGCGUCAUGGGCCAGGAGAUGCGCAAGGCCUUCAUUGGGGCCAUCCUGGUUGGCCUCAUCGAGAAGUCGCCCGAUGUCAAGGUUCUCCGUGCCAUCACCAAAAUGGUGGAGGACUGGGUGAAGAGCAAAUCACCAUUCGCAGUGAACCAGUCACCCACACUGCGCGAGAAGUCGAUCCUGCUCGUGAAGAUGAUGCAGUUCAUGGAGAAGCGCUUCCCCGACGAGCUCGAGCUGAAUGGCCAGUUUCUGGAGCUCGUCAACCAUGUGUACCGAGACGAGACCCUCAAGGGCACUGAGCUUACUGCCAAGCUAGAGCCGGCUUUCAUGGCUGGCCUACGCUGUGUCCAGCCGGCAAUCCGAGCAAAGUUCUUUGAGGUGUUUGACAGCAGCCUGCGUCGGCGCCUGCACGAGCGGCUACUGUUCAUCGUGUGCUCUCAGAACUGGGAGACGAUUGGCCCCCACUUCUGGAUCAAGCAGUGCAUAGAGCUGGUGCUGGGCACGGCUGUCAUCAAUGCCCCCCUGCGCAGUGCUCAACCAGCCACUCUGCUGCCUGCAGCCACAACUGGGCUGCAGUCACUGGAAGACAUUGCCACCACCUGCCCGGCCACUGCACUCAAGGAAGAGCCCACCGACACUGAGGAGGAGAUUGACAUUGAGCUUCCAUCGACGGCCGAGGACCGAUCCCUGCUGGACGGGAGCGUUGCCGGCCGUGCGCGCCAGAACCUGCAGCAGCUGGUGCAGCGACAGGGCCGCUUCCUGGAAGGCCUGCGGGAGCUGCGUCUGGGGGCCUUCUUGAGCGCCACUGUGCAGCUGUGCCACCUGGACACGCCGCUCGCCCAGCACAUGUGGCUGCAGCUGAUGCCCCGCCUCUGGAAGGUGCUCAGCGACCGGCAGCAGAGCGUGCUGGCCGGAGAGCUGGUGCCAUUCCUGUGCAGCGGAAGCCACGUGGUGCAGAAGGACUGCCACCCAAAUGCUAUUGGCGUCUUCGUCGAGGCCCUGGCUCAGUGCAGCCCGCCAGUGGCCAUCAAACCAGCGCUCAUCAAGUACCUGGGCCGCUCGCACAACCUGUGGCAUCGUGCUUGCCUGCUGCUGGAACAGGCAGCCCUGGCGGGACGCGGUGGUAGCGGUGCUUCGUGCAGCAGCGGGGUGCGAGGCGCCGCCGAAGAGGCCGGGUCUGCCGCGGAGGACGCUCUGGCCGAGCUGUACUCCUUGUUGCGCGAGGAGGACCUCCUGGGAGGCCUCUGGCAGCGCCGGGCGCGCCACCCCGAGACUGCCUUGGCCCUGGCGCUGGAGCAGCAGGGCUGCUUCGAGCAGGCGCAGGCAGCCCUGGAGGCUGCCAUGGCACGUGCACCCCGGCACGAAGCAGCGGGCAUGCUCCAGAGCGAGUGCCGCCUCUGGGAGGAGCACUGGCUGAGGUGCUGCAAGGAGCUGAACCAGUGGGAACUGUUGCUCGAGUAUGGCAGCUCCAAGAGUUGCGCCAACCCACACCUGGUGCUGGAGAGUGCCUGGCGCGUUCCCAACUGGCCCCUCAUGAAGGAGGCUCUCUCCCAGGUGGAGCUCAGCUGCCCAAAGGAGCAGGCGUGGCGGGUGAACCUCUACCGUGGCUACAUCGCCAUCUGUCACCCCGAGGAGCAGCACCUAUCACUCGUAGAGCGUGUUGUCGAGGUCAUCACGGGACAGUGCAUCCGCGAGUGGCGCCGCCUGCCCCACAUCGUGUCCCACGUGCACAUUCCUUUGCUGCAAGCUGCCCAGCAGAUCAUGGAGCUGCAGGAGGCUGCACAGAUCCAUCAGACUUUGCUGCCUGCUGGCUCGGCCGCCGGCCGCCCUGCCCCGACCAGCGUGUACGACAUGCGGGCCAUUGUCAAGACGUGGCGCAACCGCUUGGCCGUGCUGGCCGACGACCUCUCCCACUGGAGUGAUAUAUUCACCUGGCGCCAGCAUCACUACCAGGCUAUUGUGACCCACUUUGACAAUGCUCCUCCGCCAUUGGUGCCCGAGGUGCAUGGCAACCAGCACCAAUCCAUGCUGGGAGUGCACGCAUCGGCGCAAUCCAUCAUCCACUACGGCAAGAUUGCACGCAAGCAUGGCCUCAUCAACGUCUGCCUGGACUCGCUCAGCCGGAUCCACACGAUUCCGAGUGUGCCCAUCGUGGACUGCUUCCAGAAGAUCCGACAGCAGGUCAAAUGCUACCUGCAGCUGUCGCACAUCACGGGCAAGAAUGAACUGCAAGAGGGUCUGGACGUGAUUGAGUCAACCAACCUGAAGUACUUUGCGAGGGACAUGACGGCCGAGUUCUACGCGCUCAAGGGCCUGUUCUUGACACAGAUGGGCCGCUCAGAGGAGGCCAACAAGGCGCUGAGUGCAUCCGUCCAGUUGCACGACACCUUAGUCAAUGGGUGGGCCAUGUGGGGCGACUACUUCGAGGGCCUCUUCAGCCGCGACCGCUGGGAUGCACGGCAGCUGCCCCUGGCCGUGUCGGCGCUGACCUGCUACUUGCAUGCCUGCCGCCACCAGUCUGAACCCAAGGGUCGCAAGUACAUGGCGAAGGUGCUGUGGCUGCUGACGUACGACAACGAGCAGGCCGUCCUGGCGGAGGCUGUGGACAAGUACAACUCGGGCGUGCCCCCACUGCAGUGGCUGCCCUGGGUGCCGCAACUGCUGACGUGCCUGGUGCGCCCCGAGGGACGGCAGCUGCUGAACCUGCUCGUCCAGGUCGGCCGGGUCUACCCGCAGGCCGUCUACUUCCCCAUCCGCACGCUCUACCUCACCCUCAAGAUUGAGCAGCGCGAGAGGUAUAAGAGCAGCGAAGAAGCACGAGCCGCACCAUCUGCUCCAGUCAGCACCACCUUAUCUCAACAGCCCGUCGAAGCUGCCUCUCCGCAAGCCGGUGACAGUGCUCAGGCCGACACCAGCGGCCCGAUUCGUGCAACGCCCUCCAUGUGGCGCUGCUCCAAGAUCAUGCACCUUCAGCGGGACCUGCACCCCACCGUGCUUUCCUCCCUCGAGGGAAUUGUGGACCAGAUGGUGUGGUUCCGGGAGAACUGGUAUGAGGAGGUCCUCCGGCAGCUGCGCCAGGGGCUGGCCAAGUGCUACGCCGUGGCCUUUGAGAACCGGGGUGCAGUGGCAGAUGCCACCGUGACCCCGCACACUCUCAACUUCCUCAAGAAGCUGGUGUCCACCUUCGGAGUGGGCAUUGAGAACGUCUCUUCGGUGACGACCACCUUCUCCAGUGCUGCGUCCGAGUCGCUGGCUCGCCGGGCGCAGGCCACUGCCCAGGAUCCCGUCUUCCAGAAGAUGAAGGGACAGUUCACCACGGACUUUGACUUUGGCGCGCCAGGAGCGAUGAAGCUGCACAACCUGAUCAACAAGCUGAAGAAGUGGAUCAAGAUCCUGGAAGCCAAGACCAAGCUGUUGCCCAAGUCACUGCUAAUCGAGGAGAAGUGCCGCUUCUUGAGCAACUUCUCUCAGCAGACGGCUGAUGUGGCUCUACCUGGCGAGUUCCUGAUGCCAAAGCACAGCCACUACUAUGUGCGCAUCGCACGGUUCAUGCCACGGGUGGAGAUUGUCCAGAAGUACAACACAGCUGCCAGGCGACUUUACCUUCGUGGGCAAAAUGGCAAGAUCUACCCAUACCUGGUGGUGAACGACGCGUGCCUGAGCGACGCGCGGCGUGAGGAGCGGGUGCUACAGUUGCUGCGCAUGCUGAACACCCUGCUGGACAAGCAGAAGGAGACGGCCCGCCGCUUCCUGCACCUGGCCGUGCCCCGUGUGGUGGCCGUCAGCCCCCAGAUGCGCCUCGUUGAGGACAACCCGGCGUCGGUCUCGCUGCUGCACAUCUACAAGCAGAGGUGCAGCCAGCGUGGUGUGGAGCACGAUGCCCCCGUGGGCCGCUAUUACGAACGGCUGGCAGCAGUGCAGGCGCGGGGAUCACAGGCCAGCCACCAGGUGCUGCGGGACAUUCUGCGGGAUGUCCAGGGCUCCAUGGUGCCCCGGACUCUGCUCCGGGACUGGGCUCUGGCCACCUUCCAGGCACCCACGCACUAUUGGACCUUCCGCAAGCAGUUCACGCUGCAGCUGGCACUGGCAGGCUUUGCAGAGUUCGUGAUGCACCUGACACGGCUGAACCCGGAUAUGAUGUACCUGCACCAAGACUCAGGGUUCAUGAACUUCUCAUACUUCAAGUUUGAUGUCGACGACAUCUCCGGUGACCUAGAUGCCAACAGGCCGGUGCCUUUCCGCCUGACACCCAACCUGUCCGAGUUCAUGACCAGCAUUGGCGUAGCAGGCUCCAUGACGGCUGGCAUGAUUGCCACGGCACGCUGCGUGGCCCAGCCCAACUUCAAGCUGCAAGCUCUGCUUCGUGCCAUCUUGCGGGAUGAGCUGAUCGCCUGGCACAAAAAGAAGCAAGAUGACAAUGUGACGCCUGGCUCAGCGCCACAGGACAUGGAUGGCGAGCAGAUCAUCGGCAUGGUGUCCAAGGCCGUCAGUGCAGUCAUGACCAGACUUCAGACUCUGGCCACUUUUGACGGUGCCGACAGCAAAGUGAGCACACUGGUGGCGGCUGCCAACAGUCACGACAACCUCUGCCGGAUGGACCCGGCCUGGCAUCCUUGGCUGUGAUAUCAGACACACUUGCCUCCUGCCCAUCGCGUUUUAUUCAUCAUCACUCGGAUCAGAACUCUUUUUGUCCUGUGUGUGUGUUGUGAUACCAAAUCAUGGGCUACCAUUGUUGUACAGCGACUUAUUUCAUCUUUCAUCACGAAGCUGGUUUCGUCUUGUUCAAGUGCCAUGUUGGAGUUCAAGUGGCUGCCCAGCAUCAUACAAGGCCAUGGUGAAAUGCCGACCAUUGUGUUUGAAGCUCAUCGAUUCGCACUAGGCAGGGCAAAUGACAGACACUGCGGUCUGCUGUCCAUCUAGGUGCUGUUGACUAUCAUCACUAGCAUUUUAUGUGAGGAUCACUAAUUAUUGGUGCCAAGUGUCAUGGACACGGCUGAUAGUGCCAGGAGUGACGAUAUGGACCAGAUAUGUGAGUAGUGCAAUGGGAAGACACUUGGUGUGCAGUUUUUUUUUUUUUUUUGUACAUUGCUUUUUAAGUUUUGUAAAGGACCUUUUUCACCAUCUACUACUCGUUUCAGACACAUGUUUCUGUUCAUACAGAUAAAGAGUUUACUUGUGUGGAGUGGUUUUUUGGUCUACAUGUGAUCAAGGGACUUAUAUUGAAAUUAAACUAUGUCUCCCUUGA